AUGACAGAAGAAGACUAUUUCGAAGAUGAAAUCAUCUUUGCUGCUGCUAAAAAGAAUCAUAUUUCGAUGUUACAAGAGUUUCAUGAACAAAGAGUCAAGAAGAAUGCUUUCAAUGCCAGUUUGACAGAUGCACUUGGCAAUACGCCACUUCACUAUAGUGCCACGUUUGGACACUAUGAUAUCAGCAAGUAUUUAUUAGAGUUGGGUGCCAACCCAAACAUACAAAACAAGGCUGGCGAGACAGCCCUCCACAAGGCAGUAUGGUACAAUCAAAUUGAAAUUGCCACCUUGCUCAUUGAGAAGGGUGCCGAUCCAAACAUAACCAACAAUGCCAAACAAAAGGUGAUUGGACUCACAAAGUCUACCGAUAUGCAUGCACUCCUCAAUCAAGCAGUUUUGGCACACGCAUUUAGCAAGAGUGAUUAUGCCGAUGAAGAUGAAGAUGAUAAUGAUGAAGAGGCUGCUGGAAGUGGAAGUGGCAGCGAUCAAGGAGGUGUCAAAAAGCCAAAACCAGCAGCUCCACCAAGAAAAUCAAAUAACUCAAAUUUCCAUAGUGAUAUGAUUGCCAAUGAUAGUGAUGAUGAAUAA